AUGCCGCCAUCCUCGCCCAUCAAGCUGCCAUCCUCGCCCAUCAAGCUCACACACCUCUCCGACCUCAGCCCGCCCUCUCUGGAUCGAACCUGGCUGACCUCCCCGCACCCCCGCCUCCCGAUCGCCGCAACCUGCAGCGCCGACAAGACCGUCCGGAUCUACUCACUCGUCAACUUCACGCUGCUCUCCACCAUAUCCGGCGGCCACAAACGCGCCGUGCGCUCAUGCGCCUGGAAGCCGCACGUAAAGGGCGAAAGCGUGCUUGCCACCGCGAGCUUUGACGCGACGGUCGGGAUCUGGAGGCGGUGGGAUGGGUUUGGGACGGCGGAGCGGGAUAUGAUGGGCGGCGGGUUAGCGGCUGGGGAGCGUGAGCGGCGGAACAGCAGUGGCGGCGACGAUGAUGAGGAGGAUGAGGAUGAGGAAUGGGGGUUUGCGGUGUUGUUGGAUGGGCAUGAUAGUGAGGUCAAGUCCGUGGCUUGGUCGCCGGGGGGUUCGUUGGUCGCAACGUGCUCGCGGGACAAGUCGAUUUGGAUAUGGGAGGAUCUGGAGGAUGGGGAUAACAAUUUCGAAACGGUGGCGGUGAUGCAGGAGCAUUCGGGCGAUGUGAAGUGGGUUUCAUGGCAUCCGGAGGAGGACUGUCUUGCCUCGGGGAGCUAUGAUGAUACCAUUCGCGUGUGGAGAGAGGACGUGGAUGACUGGGGCCAGGUGGCUUGUCUACGAGGCCAUGAAGGCACCGUUUGUGGCUCGAGCAGCGAUCUCGAUCCGGUCCGCGGCUGGUUUCCUGUUCAGACGACAAGACCAUCCGCAUAUGGCGUAAACAACCGCGAGAAAGGCCGCCCGCGGCGCAGCAUUCAGCCAUACCAAGCAUAA